AUGGCAGCGCCAAAGCCACGCUUCUUCCUCGGCUCAAAGCGCGGCGGCGCCGCUCCUUCCUCCGCAUCCCGCACCUCGACUCCAUCCUCAUCAGCUCGCGCGACACCCUCCUCGUCAAAGGUUCCGCCGCCGCCUGCGGAUGCGCCAAUACUCGGAGCGGAUGGAGAUAGAAGGAUGCAAGAGUUCUCGAGCCCGGACGACGUUUGCCCCGUGUGCAAGGUUGACCGGUACCUCAACCCGAAACUGAGGCUCAUGGUCAGCAAGUGCUACCACAAGAUGUGCGAAUCCUGCCUCGACCGCCUCUUCUCCCUCGGCCCCGAACCCUGUCCCGUCUGUGGCCAAACCAUCCGCAAGUCGCAGUUCCAGCCCCAGAUCUUUGAGAACCUCGAGGUGCAGAAGGAGGUUGCGGUGCGGAAACGGACGGCGAAGAUCUUCAACAAAUCACGCGAAGACUUCCCCUCCGACGCAGCAUACAACGACUACCUCGAAGAAUACGAAUCAAUCACCUUCUCCCUAAUCCACGCCAUCGGGUCCGACCUCGCCGCGACAGAAGCGAAAAUCCGAGCAUAUGAGUUGCAGAACCGGCAGAGUAUUGAGGACAAUGAGGAGAGGAGGGAGAGGGAGAAGGCGGAAUUGGAGGCGAGGGAGAAGGGGGAGAGGGAGUGGAGGGAGUUGGAGAGGAGACGGUAUAUGGAGGAGGAGGAGCGGUUGGCGAAGGAGAAGGAGGCGGACAGGCGGAAGGUGCUGCAGCUGCUCGAAUCGGGCACAGCCGAUGCCGCCAGCAUCGUCGCCGCCUCUCGAAAACGCUCCUCCGCCCGCGACGCCUUCCCCUCGACCGACGAAGCCGGCAUUCCCCGCCUCAAAUUCCUCGCCAACCUGACCAACAAAUCACACUCUCCCUCCUCCGAGCCCGAAGAACCGCUCGACGCGCUCGACCCGCUGGACAACGAGACGCUGUACGACUCGUACGACGCGCUGUAUACAAUCUUCCCUCGACUAUCGGUCGCGAGGGAGAGUGGGGGAAAGUCGUAUGAUCCUGGCGUUGGUGCGUUGGUCAAGGAGGCGGGAACGGCGGAUGAGGGCGGGUUCAGGGUCGAGGAGGUCUGGGAGAAGGCGGUUAGGAGUGCGGUGGCGGGGUUGUGGGAUGCGCCGCUGGGCUGGGAGGAUCCGGGAAUGAGUGCAGAGGGGAACGGCGUGGCGGCGACUGCCAUGCAGGUUGACGUUGCGGGAUGA